AGCGUCCGUGUCGGAUAACAAGACCCGUCAGCGUCACCAUUAUAGACCCCGCCCGUUGCCGUAGACAGGCUACGUAGGUAUACUUGAGAACAGCUCACCGAUUCCUCUAUACAAGUCAGAUCACGAAACAGUCUACGCCGCUACUAUUAUCAAAUACGGACCAUGAGCCCUACAACGGUGCCUUCGCAAGGGCAGGACGGCGUUCCACCGGUGGGCAACGGCAGCUAUGAACGUUUGGGAGAGACGUUGGCAAUUUUGGGAUGCGGUCAUAUGGGAACCGCGAUACUACUCGGGGUCCUCUCCGCCCUAGCCUUGCGCUCCAAGCCGGACAGCUCAGACCUGCUGCCCAGUCGCUUCAGGGCUUGCGUGAGGCAUCCCGAGGCGGCCGACCGCAUCCGCUCCCGGCUGCCGCUCCAUGCGCUCGACACAGCCGUGACCCUGCAUGUGAACGACAACCUCGCCGCCGUCGAGAGGGCUGACAUGGUCUUGCUAGCCUGCCAGCCGCACCUCUUCGAGGCCGUGCUCGGGGAGCCCGGCCUGGCUAACGCGCUCCAGGGGAAGCUGGUUAUGUCGGUGCUCGCGGGCGUGACAUCAGAGGAGAUCGAAAGCAGCCUAGAGCGCGCCGCCACGCGCCGCAGCGGAGGUGCCUUCUCCGUCGUGCGCAUCAUGCCCAACAUCGCGAGCGCGGUGCAGGCGUCGAGCACAGUACUUGAAGCGCGCGGCAGCAACGGACUGCAUGCGCAAUUUGCGGCGACGGUAGGCGCCAUCUUCUCGUGCGUCGGGGCAACGUUCACAACGCCGCCCGAGACAUUCCCGAUCUGCACGACGCUCAACGGGUCGACACCAGCCUUCUUCGCCAUGGUGGUCGACGGCCUUGUGGACGGGGCCGUGGCGCUGGGCCUAUCGCGCGCUGAGGCGACGCGCAUGGUCGCGGCCACGAUGCGCGGCACGGCCGAGCUCAUGCUGGCUGGCAAGGACACGCACGACCUGCGCUACGAAGUUGCAUGUCCCGGUGGCGCGACGAUGCAGGGCAUACGCGUACUCGAGGAGGCGCGCACGCGCGGCGUCUGGAUGGACGCUGUGCGCGUGACCACGUCAAAGCAGAGCGGCCUAAGGGACGGGCUGUAGGUGGGGAGGCGGCCGGCGUGACAAAUGCAGAUUCCACGUUGUUUUUUUGCGACGGGAAUCGGUAUACCUUAAGUUUACGAAGGGUCAUUGUUAGGAUAACGGUCAUGUGGCCUCGUCACGUGACCAGGGUUAUGCCCACACACACCGCCCACGCACCGCCCACGCGUUUGUACAAUAGACACCUCUCCCCAUUUGGGGGAACCCCUCCUCUCUUACAUACCUUAAUAAUAACAACAACCAAUCAGACCACAGUUUUCGUUUCUA